CACUGCCACCCAAAUAAUCAAACGUCUUCCCAGAAAUAACCGAUCCAAAUCUAUUGUACAUGAACUCUGUAUUGCUCUCAGAGGCGCUUAUCCAGUUAAGCAAGUUCCUGCAGUGGGUGUGGUGCGACUGCCAGAGGGUUGGAUUUUAAAGGUGUCUCUGUUGCAUGAUAUCUGACUUAUUCUAGGCAAGAGAGGCACCGGCGAAACAACCUGGAGACUCCAGCUCCAACGUGGCACUAGCAGUGCCUCCCUGGUCCAUUCCAUGGCCAAUUCCAACCAGAAAGACCAGGCAUGGAUCCCCAAACUCUUCAAGAAGAAAAUCUGCACAACAUUUAUAGAGCAACCAGGUGAACCAGGUCUGUGCCAGUGUGGAAGUCCUCGUAGUAACCAUGGAUCUGUGGCCACAGAAGAUGCCUUUGGAGCAGCCAUCGUUACCAAAUGGGACUCAGCCCAACACACCACAGAGGUUCCCACUGAUGCCUAUGGUGAGGUAGAGUUUGUAGGCGCUGGGCGUAGGCCUAGCAAGUUCAUUCGCCUGUCAGACACAUCUGACCCUGCAGCUGCCUAUGCCCUGGUAACACACACCUGGAAAAUCCCACGCCCAAACUUGGUAGUGUCCGUGGUAGGCGGUGAAGGUGAGGUGCGGGUGAGGGCCUGGCUUAAGGAUGUGCUGAGAAAAGGACUGGUGAAAGCUGCCCAGAGCACAGGUGCCUGGAUUAUGACAGGUGGCCUCCAUGCAGGUGUUGGCCGGCAUGUUGGUGAAGCAGUGAGGGACCACACUACAGCCAGUACCAACCCCAGCACACAUGUGGUGGCAAUGGGCAUCGCCCCAUGGGGCAUCGUGGAGCAGCGCCGUAGUCUUGUGAACCCCAAGGGUUUGUUCCCAGCACGUUAUCAACGGACUGUCCCGAAGAGUCCCUUCUGUCCUCUGGAUGCCAACCAUUCCGCUUUCUUCUUGGUGGACAAUGGGACAGAAGGCAGGGCAGGCGGCGAGGCCUCCUUCCGUGCCCGCCUGGAGCGCUACAUUGCCCAGCAGAAAGUAGGAGCUGGUGGUUGUGGGAGUAUUGAGAUUCCUGUCUUGGUGAUGCUUAUCAGUGGAGAUUCAUCUAUGUUCAAGCGUGUGUCUGAGGCUGUGCAUGCCUCUAUCCCCUGCCUGCUGCUGGCAGGAACUGGAGGAGCAGCUGACUGCUUAGCUGAGUUACUGGAAGAGACACAGCCUGGAGAGUCCCUGAAGACACUGGCAAUGAAGAAGAUGCAGGGAAAGUUUCCUGACAAUGAACUGGAACAUUUGGCAGAGGAGGUGGAGCGUAUUGGGGCUCUGAGGGAAUUGGUGACUGUUUAUUCAGAUCAAGAAGGUUUAGAGGAGUUUGAGACCAUUCUACUCAAAGCCUUGGUGAAAGCUUGUAGGCGCUCAAGUGAGGCCACCUCCUACUUGGAUGAGCUGCGUUUGGCUGUAGCCUGGAACCGCGUGGACAUUGCCAGCACUGAGCUAUUCCGUGGUGACAUUCUCUGGGAUCCCAGCCUGCUGGAGGAUCCGAUGCGCGAUGCCUUACUAGGAGACCGCCCUGCCUUAGUUCGCUUGUUUGUGGAGAAUGGCUUGGAUGUUGGACAGUUCCUGACAUGGAAACAGCUGGAGUACCUGUAUGCGGGGGUUCCUGAGGCCUCUUUGCUGCACCAGCUUCUGGAGCGACGCCAUGGGACAGUCUCUGAGUCCUCCUCACCCCCUGAAUACCUGCUAGUGGAACGAUCUCUGCCUGAUUUCCACUUGCCCCAAGUGGCCCACAUCCUGCAUGAGCUGCUGGGAGAUGUCUGUGGUCCCUUUUAUGCUGGACUCCAUCCUGAUGGUCACAAAGGGGCAGGGAUCAAAGGAGCAAUACCCAACGGAGAUCCUACAUACCUCAAUGAACUUUCGCCAAAUCCUUGGACCGAUCUCUUUAUAUGGGCUGUGCUGCUCAAUCGGAGAGAGAUGGCAAUGUAUUUCUGGGAAAUGGCACCUGAUGCAGUGGCUGGGGCAUUGGUGGCUGCUCGCAUGCUUCGGGAGCUUUCUCACCUGGAGACAGAGGCUGAGGAAGAGGCAGCCAUGAAGGACUUGGCAAUGCGCUUUGAAAAUCUGGCUAUAGGAGUAUUUGGUGAAUGUUACCGCAAUGGUGAGCCACGGGCCUACAAACUACUGGUCCGCCGUUCCCAUCUUUGGGGUGGAGCCACUGUCCUCCAGUUGGCUCAUGAGGCUGAUGCCCGUCUCUUUUUUGCUCAUGAUGGUGUUCAGUCCCUGCUUACCCAGAACUGGUGGGGAGAGAUGGAGAGAAGCACUUCUGUCUGGCAGCUCCUCUUGACUUUCUUUUGCCCUCCUCUCAUUUUUACAAACCUCAUCACAUUCAGGAACAUGGAUGACGACCUUCGUCUGGAUCCCUCGGGCCCACUUGAACUGGACAGCCUUGACACAGAUGUGAAAAGUACCAUCAGGGACAUGUAUUCCGACAAUAUGGAGCUUCCUUCUCCAUUCUCUCCACCUUCCCAACUUUCCACUCGCCAGUUCUGGUUGCGUCGCUGGCGUCAGUUCUGGGUGGCUCCCGUGACAGCCUUCCUGGGCAACGUGGUGAUGUACCUGCUCUUCCUCUUCCUCUUCUCCUACGUCUUGCUGUUGGAUUUUGACCCCCCACCUCCCAAAGGCCCAUCCGGCACAGAGAUCUUCUUGUACGUCUGGGUCUUCACGCUGGUCUGUGAGGAGCUGCGACAGGGCUGCUUUGUGGGUCCCCACCCGAUACGGCAGCGAAUACGCCUUUACUUCCAGGACACGUGGAACCAGCUGGACAUCACAGCCCUCCUGCUCUUCAUGAUAGGACUGGUGUGCAGGCUGCUCCCUCAGUCUUAUGAAUCUGGACGCACCAUCCUAUGCCUGGAUUUCAUGGUCUUCACCCUUCGUCUCAUCCACAUCUUUGCUGUCAACAAACAGCUGGGGCCCAAGAUGAUUAUUGUUGGCAGGAUGAUGAAAGAUGUCUUCCUCUUCCUCUUCUUCCUUGGGGUCUGGCUGGUGGCCUAUGGGGUCACCACAGAAGGGCUGCUCCUACCUCAUGAUCGACGUCUCCCCUGGAUAUUCCGGCGUGUCUUUUACCGACCUUAUUUGCAAAUCUUUGGACAGAUCCCGCUUGAUGAAAUUGAUGCUGCUCUGAUUGCGGCAUCCAACUGCACCUAUGACCCCGUGGCCAUCUUGAUGGAGAACGCACAGCCCUGCACCAACACUUAUGCCAACUGGCUGGUGCUGAUUCUCCUUGUGGUCUUCCUUCUCGUAGCCAACAUACUGCUUCUCAAUUUGCUCAUCGCCAUGUUCAGCUAUACGUUUUCCAAGGUACAAGGCAACAGUGACAUCUACUGGAAAUCCCAGCGCUACAACCUGAUCCUGGAGUAUCACAGCCGCCCAGCAUUGGCUCCACCUUUCAUCCUGAUCAGCCAUCUCCACCUUUUCUUCAAGCGCCAUGUCCGCAAGGUGCAGUCGGCCAAAGGACGCCACUUCUUGCUGGAACUUUCUGAGGCCCAAGAUGGACGGCUGCUCACCUGGGAAUCAGUGCAGAAAGAAAACUACUUAGUUACUCAGGCGCGGCAGAAACGUGACGAAGACACAGAGCGGCUUCGGCGAACGUCCCAAAAAGUUGAUCAGGUUUUGAAGCAACUUUCUGAAAUCAAGGAAUCAGAGCGACGUUUGAGGACCCUUGAGACACAGAUGGAGUACUGCACCAGUGCCCUGUCUUGGAUGGUUGAUGUCUUGGCUCAAAGUGACAUAGCAAAGGGGAGGCAGGCUCCUCCCGCUCGGAAGAAGGACUGAACUUCUUGAAGGACUAGUAUUUACUCAAGAGAGGUAAAUUGCUCUGGCCUCUGGCCACUUAUAAAAUCUCAGCCAUGUCUCAUUGUCAGAAGCCUGUGGAAACCAAACAGACACCAGGCUGCCAAUGGAUUUGCCACAAGCACUUAUGAAGAAACUGCACAGUUCAUGCCAUCUGUUGCAAUCGAUCCAUCAGGAUUUCAGGGCUACAUCACCCAGCACAGAAAGACAGUUACACCUCACUGCUGCACUCUUAUCCCCACAGAAUUUUUAAAACUUUGUGUGUGUGGGUGUGUGUG